AUGGCUAAAGAGCAAUUGGGAGUGCUUAAUGCACUCGAUGUGGCCAAGACUCAGUUGUACCAUUUCACUGCAAUUGUGAUUGCAGGAAUGGGGUUUUUUACUGAUGCUUACGAUCUGUUCUGCAUUUCUUUGGUCACCAAGUUACUCGGCCGCAUAUACUACACGGACCUAAACCAGCCAAAGCCGGGCACAUUGCCUCCCAAUGUGGCUGCUGCUGUUAAUGCUGUGGCUCUAUGUGGCACCUUAGCAGGCCAGCUCUUUUUUGGUUGGCUUGGUGACAAAUUGGGUCGUAAAAAGGUCUAUGGGAUCACCCUUGUUCUCAUGGUCCUAUGCUCCAUUGCAUCAGGACUUUCAUUUUCUGAUCACCCAAAGGGUGUGAUCACCACUCUUUGCUUCUUCCGGUUCUGGCUUGGAUUUGGCAUUGGUGGUGAUUAUCCCCUUUCAGCUACAAUCAUGUCAGAGUAUGCCAACAAAAAGACUCGUGGGGCGUUUAUAGCCGCGGUGUUUGCGAUGCAAGGAUUCGGGAUUUUGGGUGGUGGGAUUGUGGCUUUGAUUGUGUCAACCGCGUUCGAUCACAGUUUCAAGGCUCCUGCAUACUCUGUGGACAGAGCUGCUUCUCUUGCGCCUCAAGCUGACUAUGUUUGGCGUAUCAUUUUGAUGGUUGGAGCUCUUCCUGCUGCUUUAACUUACUACUGGCGUAUGAAAAUGCCCGAGACAGCUCGGUACACAGCCCUUGUGGCCAAAAAUGCAAAGCAAGCUGCACAAGACAUGUCUAAGGUGUUGCAAGUUGACCUUGAAGCUGAAGAGGAAAAACUAGAAAAAAUUACUCAAGAGAAAUCCAAUACCUUUGGCUUGUUCACCAAGCAAUUUGCUCGUCGCCAUGGUCUUCACUUGCUUGGCACCACUUCCACUUGGUUCUUGCUAGACAUUGCCUUCUACAGCCAAAACCUUUUCCAAAAGGAUAUCUUCAGCGCCAUUGGGUGGAUCCCGAAAGCAGAGAGCAUGAAUGCAAUUAAUGAGGUUUAUAGAAUUGCAAGAGCACAAACACUCAUAGCAAUGUGCAGCACUGUCCCUGGAUACUGGUUCACUGUCUUCUUCAUUGAUUACUUGGGCAGGUUUGCAAUCCAGUUGAUGGGUUUCUUCUUCAUGACAGUGUUCAUGUUUGCAUUAGCAAUUCCUUACCACCACUGGACCUUGAAGCCCAACAGAAUUGCAUUUGUUGUCAUGUACUCAUUCACCUUCUUCUUCGCCAAUUUUGGACCCAAUGCCACCACAUUUGUUGUGCCAGCUGAGAUUUUCCCAGCAAGGUUGCGGUCUACGUGUCACGGUAUAUCAGCUGCAGCUGGGAAGGCUGGGGCUAUUAUUGGAGCACUUGGGUUUUUGUAUGCAGCACAGAGCAAGGACCAUACAAAGACUGAUGCAGGGUACCCAACUGGUAUUGGUGUGAAGAAUUCUCUAAUUAUGCUUGGUGUGAUCAACUUUUUCGGCAUGCUGUUUACUCUGUUGGUGCCAGAAUCCAAGGGAAAAUCACUUGAAGAGCUGACUGGUGAGAAUGAAGAAGAAGAGGGGACAGAGCAGCAGGCCACUUCUACUAGAACUGUUCCAGUUUUAUGA